AUGGAGCUUUCUCUGUGCCUAGUCAAACACGGCUUCAGAAUUACAUUCGCAAACACCGAGUUCACUCAUAAGAGGAUCGUGGAUGCAUUCGUGUUGGAAUCCGAUGAGGAAAGGGAUAAGCCAUGGAAUAUACCAGGAGCGGUCUGGUGGGGUAUGGGAAAGAAGGUGGAGGAGCUAAUAAAAGAGAUUAACAGAGUUGACAGCCAAGAAAUGACUUGUAUGGUUGCUCAUGUACAUAUAGGGUGGGCCCUGGAAGCUGCGGCAAAGAUGGGAAUUUGGCGAGCUGCCUUCUGGCCAUCUGCGGCCAUGGUUUCUGUGGUGGGACUUAGCAUCCCAAAGCUGAUUGAUGAUGGAGUCAUAGACACUUUGGACUCAGCUCAAGGGAUCAUACCCAUAGGUCCACUUUUGGAAAGCAAUCGGCUUGGAAAUUCAGCAGGACACUUAUCGCCAGAAGACCUCACCUGUAUCAAAUGGCUGGAUGAACAACCACCUUGCCCAGUCAUAUAUGUGGCUUUUGGCAGCAUCACAACUUUUAACCAGAUCCAGUUCCAAGAGUUGGCACCGGGGCUUGCACUCUCCAACAGGCCAUUCCUGUGGGUUGUACGACUGAACUCUACUGAUGGUAUAAAUGAUGCAUACCCAGAAGGAUUCCUUUAUUAUCAUUUACUUAAUUAA